GGUGCGCUCCCUGCGGCCCCCGAUGGAGCCAGCGGAUUACAAACUCCUGUUAAGUGGCGCGCCGUCCCUCCUCCACCACAUCUUGCGCCCGGAGCAGAACCAGGCGUGCGGAGCGAAUCCUCUCCGUCCUGGAAGCAGCGGCUGUUCAUCCCCGCUUCUCUAGUCAGCGCCCCCAAAACUGCUCGAGCUCUGCAGUGCAGGAGGGGGUAGGGGUGGGAGUGUGUGUGUGUGCGAGUGUGAGUAUAGGAGGGGGUGUGGGGUGGGAAACAUAGCUACACAACAAGAGUGAGAUGGGUCCGGAGGCGGUCAGGUAUUCGUGAUUGUUGAGUGAACGGGGGUGAAGUUCUUCUGCUCCGCUCGGAUCUUUCCUCCAGGACCCUCAGUGUGUGAUUGCACGGCCAUCAUGAGUAACAUCUAUGAGUCUGCAGAGGCCACGCUGGGCUUCAUCAGCUCCCCAUGCCUGACCAAAGUGGAGCUGAGAGUGGCCUGCCGGGGGAUCUCGGACCGCGACGCCCUCUCCAAACCCGACCCGUGCGUGGUGCUGAAAAUGCAGUCACACGGCCAGUGGUUUGAGGUGGACCGCACCGAAGUGAUCCGUAGCAGCAGCAGCCCCGUCUUCUCUAAGAUCUUCCUGGUAGAUUACUACUUCGAGGAGGUCCAGAGGCUUCGAUUCGAGCUGCACGACAUCAGCUCUGGAAACAACGGCCUCCGUGAUGCGGACUUCCUGGGAGCCAUGGAGUGCACACUGGGACAGAUUGUCUCACAAAGGAAACUGACCAAAGCUCUGCUCAAACAGGGAAACACUGCUGGAAAGUCUUCAAUAAUGGUGACAGCAGAGGAGUUGUCAGGAAACGACGAUUAUGUUGAACUCUCUUUCAGCGCUCGGAAGCUAGACGACAAGGAUUUCUUCAGUAAGUCAGAUCCUUUUCUGGAGAUUUUUAGAGUAAAUGACGAUGGGACUGAGUCGCUCGUACACCGAACUGAGACAGUGAUGAACAACUUGAGCCCAAUCUGGAAAUCAUUUAAAGUUUCAUUGAACACUCUCUGCAGCGGAGACCAUGACAGGGAGCUAAAGUGCACGGUUUGGGACUGGGACUCCAAUGGCAAACAUGACUUUAUUGGAGAGUUUCAAACCACGUAUAAGGAGAUGAUGAGGGCAGAGCAGGAGGGCAAGCAGAUUCAGUGGGAAUGCAUCAACCCCAAAUAUCAGAUGAAGAAGAAGAAUUACAGAAACUCUGGAACUGUCAUGCUCAACCACUGCAAGAUCAUCAAAAUGUACUCCUUCCUGGAUUACAUCAUGGGAGGCUGCCAGAUUCAGUUCACGGUGGCCAUAGACUUCACAGCAUCCAAUGGGGAUCCAAGAAAUAGCUGCUCUCUCCAUUACAUCCAUCCCUACCAACCCAACGAGUACCUCAAAGCACUGGUGGCUGUAGGGGAGAUCUGUCAGGACUAUGACAGUGAUAAAAUGUUUCCUGCGUUUGGUUUCGGAGCUCUGAUACCACCGGAUUUCAAGGUUUCACAUGACUUUGCUGUGAACUUCGAUGAGGAAAAUCCAGAAUGUGCUGGGAUCCAAGGUGUGGUGGAGGCCUACCAGAAUUGCCUUCCUAAAAUCCAGCUGUACGGGCCCACCAACAUCGCCCCAAUCAUCCAGAAAGUGGCCUCCUCUGCCUCCGAGGAGAUGCACACCAAAGAGGCCAUGGAAUACUUCAUCCUGCUAAUCCUGACGGACGGAGUCAUCACAGACAUGGCGGACACGCGGGAGGCCAUCGUGCAUGCCUCCCACCUCCCCAUGUCGGUCAUCAUCGUUGGCGUGGGUAACGCCGACUUCACGGACAUGCAGAUCCUAGACGGCGACGACGGGAUCCUGCGCUCCCCCAAGGGCGAGCCCGUUCUCCGGGACAUCGUUCAGUUUGUCCCCUUCAAGGAUUUCAAACACGCAUCUCCAGCUGCUUUGGCUAAGAGUGUUUUGGCCGAAGUUCCUAACCAAGUGGUGGAUUACUACAACGCAAAAGGAAUCAAACCUAAGUGUAUAUCGGACUACGAGUCCUCAAGAACCUUCAGCCCCUGACGAUGUACAACAUGCACAUAUGUAUACAUAACACUUUCAUAUACAUAUAUAAGUUACAGGGGUGUAACAAAACAUCCAUUUAAUGAAACAAGACCACACAAAGCAAUGCAAAAUAAUGAGUUCUCAAAAAGGAAGCACAAUCCUUUUUUAGCAAUAGCUUGGGGCAGUCUAGGAAUUGUUUUGCUUUAACAAUCUGCCUUCCACAAGUCAGUAAUUAAUUUAAAAUAAUUCAGUCUGGCUAUGACCAGUUCAUAUAAUGAGGUUAUUAUGCUUAUCAAAUGACCGCUGGAAAUAGGCAGCAGCCUCUCCACAACCCUGCAAUGAUAAAUGGGUCCAGACAAAGCAUGGAUGAAUGCUUGUUCAUUUUGGGGGGCAGACGGGGAAUUAUAAUUUCACUAAAGCAAUAAAUUGGUUCUUUUUUGUGCUGUAAUUCCUAAAAUCUUUGAUUAGUCCUUAAACUGCUGAUCAUGCAGUUUCUUAUCUUGCUGUGCAUGCAGGUCUAAAGGUGAAGAAAUUAAGCUAAUUUUGUGGAACAUUUGUCUUGUUAUGCUUCCGAAGUGUGUUGCUUUUGAUCCGCGUCUGUUUUGAAUGGAGCGUGUAUACUGGGAUCAAGAGUGUGGAAUUCACAUUGUCCAUCUGUAAUAACAAGUGGUCUGUUACUUUUGAAAUCACAUCAUUGUAUAGCUGUGGUGUGUUUUUAUGCUGAAAUAUCCUUCAGCGGAUCCGAAUGAAUUUUUAGUGCUGAAUAAGUGCCCUUAGGUGGCCAGAAAAAAAAUUGCCAAAUAAAUCAGAUAGUAGUGUUGCAUGAGAUUUAUUUGUAUUAUUCUUGGGAUUUUGCACAUUGAGUGGAUCCAGUUAAAGUGGGCUGGUUAUCUGGUUAGAAUGUCCCCUGCUUGCCUCUAUGGGGAUAUGUCCCUGGUACGUCUUACCGGGUGGAGACCCAGAGGAAGACCCAGGACACGCUGGAGGUUCUAAGUUUUCUCGGCUGUCCUGGAAAGCCUUGGGAUUCCCACAAAAAAGUUACCCCAAGUGGUUGUGGAGAGGGAAGUGUAGACCUCUCUGCUUUACCCUGCCUUGGAUUAAGCAGAAGAUGAUGGAUGGAUGGGUAAUUGCAGCAAUAUAUGUGUAGCAGUGAAGUGCUGCAUAUGUGGCACACAUGGCAUGUGAGACCUGCAGCACCCAUGCUGCUGAGUUUUUUGACAUCUUUAGAAAAAUCUGUACCUGCCUGGUUUACCUGGAAAUCAAAUUAUGUAUUCUAUGGAGUAACAUGUAAGAGGACAAUGCUGGAGCAUUAUUUACCUUAGGCAGUGCAUCUUCAGGCGCCAUUGAAAUUCUCCGCAGUUAAGCGGUAGUGUGACUGGGGGUGUUAACUUUAGCUCUAUAAUGAACCUGUGAAACAAACUCCAACUUUGCCAUCAUUUCUGGCACACAGUUAGCCUAAGAUGCUCACAAUGAUUCAGGAAAUUGUUCAGAUCUCAUCUCUCACUGUUCCUGUGUUCUUUUGAGUACCUGAAUGCUUUGUGAUAAAUAAUUUAAAAGCUAUAGACGCUUCUUCAUUGGUUUUGUAACCAAUGUCAUCGGCAAGCCUGACAGUCUUCAUGAUUGUUCCCCACAUCAGUUCAUCUCAAAAAUGACUUACUUUCCUAUACUUUAAAGUUGCAGCCUUAAACAUAGAUAGCAGCUUCUGGUCAAUGUGCAGGGCCCAUGAUAAUAGCUUGGUUUUGCUUGACAAGACAAAAGGCACAAAAUGAAACAAACUGGAUAGCACUUUGCAACCCUGGCUUCAAUUCAGUGUGAAAUAUGUCAUGUUUCGGUUUUGCUGGGGUCCCAAAUGCAGACGAGGACAGAAGGAGCUUAGUAAAUAAAGGAUUUUGAUAACACAACUCAGGAGACAAGAACAGACUGCCAGCAGCAGGCAGACAGUAGAGGAUCUGACAAAGGAGGAAAUUGAACCAAGGAGUAUUUAUGGCACAGGGGUGAAAUCACUUAACACUGUAACUACAAAUAUAAACGUACGUAAAUUACUAAAAACACUCUUACAUCAACCAUAAUUACUAAGCUAAAGUCAAAAUUAAUAAGCUAAAGUUUUAAUUCAGUGGAAUUUCAUAACCAGAUCUUGUUACACCCCUGAUAAGUUAUAUAAAAUGCAUCCAAAUCUUAUACAAUAUAUACAUGUCUAAAAGCACAAGCAGACAUAAGCAAAUACAUAUACACAUCAAUACAACAUACUGUAGUGUAGCUGAGAGAAUUAGCUUGUUAUGGUAAAGCAAUUUGAACUACUCCAUUGAUGACUAUUGCAUGUUUGGCCACAAUGGCAUCACUUGGGAAAUUAUUGCUAUAUACUGUAUAUUGAAAAUGUAUUUGUAGAAAUAUUAACAGUCUUCAGAACCGGCAUGCAUAGUCUGACCAUAUCCCACUGAAAGAAAUGACACUUCUACCUUAUUUAGAUAACUAGCAAGUACACAAUGCUAAAGGUUCCCCAAUAUUUGAGGGGAAAAGCCUGAACAUGAGCCUGCAAACUCCCUCCCCUCCCCAAAUGCUUAGAAUUAGCAUUGCAAAUGUUAUUUGUGGGACUGGUGGCAUUCGAUUUAGUGUACUGCAUGAAUGCAUGCAUAAUUCAGCUCCCACUAAUAUCCAAUCUCGAGUAGCCGCUUGCUAGUUAUGAAAUAAAGUAUCUCUGUCAUUUGUGUGAAGCAGUGGGGUAAUCUCGGGCAUUUGGGGUUCUUUUUUUUACAGAUUUGCUUGUGAUUUUGCUAAAUGGAAAUGAAUAACUAAUGGAUAAUUGUAACAAUUUCUUAAUAACCUUCUUACAUUGUAAAGAGUUUCAGGAUGGUAGAAAAGCGUUUGUGGUAGAGUCUAAUUUGUAAGCUGGAAAUUGUUUCUUUUUUCUGUAUCCUGCAUGUUGGUGAUAAUAAAGAUGAUUUGGGUUUCUCA